AUGCAAUCAAAUACCCAUCAUGAUAAUCGAUCGAAAUCCCAAAGUUCAUCUAUCAACGAAAAAGAUCAAAAUUGUCCUAGGAAGGAGGGAAAAUCCAAUGGGUCGAAAUCGAAAUCAAACAAAAUUCUGUCCAAAGGUAAGGAAAAUUCUCAACAUGAGGAACUUCUAAUGUCUGAAAAUGGAACACGAACUCCUUCUCGAAAUCCAUUAUCAUCCAGCAGCGAUGAAUGGGAACAUGCAGAGAACGAUGAUCCAUCCGAAAUCCAAGGUUAUGAAAGUGAUUUUUCUCAGUGGACAGAUCACGAAGAUACCGAAGAGGAGGAAUAUACGGAAUUGAAAUGGGCAGAGAUUCGGGGAGAAAAUGAUGAUUUUGUUCAUACUUGGUUAAAAGCAGUAGAAGGAGAAGGUUUUACCAUUGAACCUAGGAUGAAAGAUUUAGAUGUUGAAGGUAUUCAGAAAUCAGUAACCAGAUUUUUAUCUUACGAUAAAAAACCUGUUCAAACAAUUUCUACCAAACCUUUCCCAGGGAGUUUGUUUGGAUUCAUGGGUCCUACUGUCCCUGUACACCCCGGUAUCACUUCUUACACCAAUAUGAAUACCAAAACGCACACGAACAUGAACACGAACAUGAACACGAACAUGAACACGAACAUGAACACGAACAUGAAUACGAAUAUGAACACGAACAUGAACACAAACAUGAACACAAACAUGAACACGAACACGGACACGAAAAUGAAUAAGAAUAUGAACACGAAUGUGAACAUGAACACUAACAUGAAUAUGAACACGAACAUGAAUAUGAACACGAACACAAACACAAACACCUUCCAUCCAAUACAACCUUCAAGAUCUUUCGGUGAUUCAUCAGAAAUGACCUCCAAUCAAUCUCUACGUACUUUAGUUCAAUUCUCACCGAAUGAAUCAUUUCGAACAACAAAUAUGAAACUUUUAUCUGAACCAAUCCCAUAUCAUAACUUCCACAUUCGAGGAAGUAUUGACCCUAAAAUUAUAUCCUUUUAUUCAUUCAACACAUUUCCCUCUUCAAAACUCGUUUCUUACAAUCAACCAUUUCCAUCAAGUUCAUCAACACAAUUUCGACUUCUCACGAGUCCUUUUUCACCCAUAUCAAACUUGUUAAAUACUCGUGCCUCGAUAAACCAGACAAUGGGAUCUAGGUGGAAUAAACCUGAUUCAUUGAGAGAGUUGGAUCAUCCAGGUUCCUCGACAGGUUUUAUGUUCCCACUUUCCAAUCAUGACAAUAGUCAACCUAUAGGUAAUAAUCAACCUUGGGGUAAUACCCUACCUUGGGGUGUUAAUCUGCCUUGGGGUAAUAAUCAACCCAGUGGUAUCAAUCAACAUAUGGGUGAUAACCAACCUAGGGUUAUUAAUCAACCUAUGGGCCUUAAUCAACCUAGGGGUAUGAAUCAACCUAUGGGUAUUUGUCAACCAAUGGGUAAUAACCUACCUUGGGGGACAAGUCAACCUAUCGGUACCAAUCAACCUUGGGGGAUAAAUCGACCUAUGGGUAAUAAUCAACCUUGGGGGAUAAAUCAACCUAUGGGUAAUAAUCAACCUGUGGGUAUCAAUCAACCUUGGGUAAUAAAACAAUCUAUGGGUAUCAAUCAGCCCGUGGGUAUCUAUCAACCCAGGGAUAUGAAUCAACCUAUUCAACCAAAUCAGUUUAUCAUACCAAGUACCUUCACCCACGUUCCCAGUAUACCAACUUUCGUUCCAAUGGAGAGUAUGAGAGGUCUUUGGGAUAAACCAAGGCGUCAUCGAAAUUCAAGAAACAGUAAACAUUUUCAUCAAAUAGUUCAAACCGAACAAGAGAAAAUUCGUUUGAUGGAAUUACGAAAUCUCAAUAACCAGUAUCAACAUGAUGAUAAUCUACAUUUCAAAGAUAUGAGUACUUCGUCUUCAUCUGAAUAUAUGCCUCAUCAUGUUUUCUCGCAAUCAUCGAACACACGGACUGUACCUUCUCCCAUUAGACAUGGACUAGAGAUUGGUCCACUCGGACUUCCUAGUGGACAACAAUCACAUGAUUCAAAUCAUUGUAAAGUUCAAAACUCAGUAUAUCCAUUACAGCCAUUCCCGGUUUACACUCAAUGUCAUCAAUAUCAAAACCCACAUGGAGGGUUACAAGUUCAACUACAAAACCCAUAUGGAGGGUAUCAAGUUCAACCAGAAAAUUUCAUUUCGUAUCCGAAUCAGAAUCAGAAUCAAGUUUUCAGAUCUCACAAUCCUCGGCAAAUGUUUAUACCCCAGAACAUGGUGCAUGGUCAGUUUUCAUCGAAAUCUAUACCAAACGGAGAAAGAUCAAUGUCACAUGGUCUACUCCAGAUAUCAUCUUCAUUACAUAAUGGACUGUCGACCCAAUCGUCUCAGCCACAUGUUAAAGCUGUUUAUCAUAAUCCCUCUGGACGGGAUCCUUCACCAUACUAUACCAUCCCCCCUCAGGAUGUACCGAUUCCUUGA